AUGUAUAUCCCCAACACCCACUGGACGUGGUCCUUUGCCAUCGUCACCCUGGUCCAAACAGUGGUGACGCUGGGCCUUGAAUGUUUCGGAUUUAUCUACGAGUUGGUUCUCGUGUAUGAUGCACUGCGCAUGAAGAACACCAUUCAAGUCAUCGGGCUCUGUGCAUGCAAUUUCGGUCUUUUAAUCUACGGCGCCGUUCAAGUGCGACAGAUUAAAAAUGCCGUUUCCGUCCUGGCCGACAUGGAAAAAAUUAGUCCAGUCGUCUGGGCCGAGUCCGAGCCAUUCUUGAUUAUCAUCCCGUGCAUCGUUGCGCUUGGAUCACUCUUGAUGACCUUCGUUGCAUGGAAGCUGUACGAUGAGUUCGCAUGGACCAUCUACAAGCACAUCAGUGCCGACUUGCGCAUGAAGCGUCGCUACCUCACCUACCAGAUCUACAUCGCUCUGCUGAAGUUUGAUUUCUUCUUUUUCCUCGGCUUUACCGUGCAGUUCUUGGUCGUGGUGUCCUCCUCCAAGCACGAUGCCGAGUUUUACCUGACCAUCAUCGCGGUUCCCGUGACCGUCAUCAUUCUCCUCUGCGGUGCCAUCUUCGUCCGACGCGAAUUCACUGCUGGCAUGAUCACCAUUAUCUUGCUCUUAUUCGCGGCUCUAGGCUACUUCUGCUUCAAACUCUUCCGCAUGUACGCCACGGCGACUUUCCCUCAAUACCUACCUGCUCGCCCCUCGAUGACAUUCUUCGCCAUCAUCACCCUGAUCUUGAUUGUCAUCACGAUCAUUAUUUCUUGCAUCUGCGUGCACAACUUCAACUGUGGCCUGAAGCCGCACAUCAACAAGAAGAAGGGCCGACCUGAGGAGAAGACUACCGAGCUCUCUGACAACGUCAAUGGCCAGGUUCCUUCACGGAUGAUGAUUGACUAA